AUGGCUUAUAGAACUAUACCUUCUCUGAUACCUAUCUUCCUCGUGAUCCUUGAAAUAACUGUAGAAGCAGUUGCAGCUCGUAGCUUUCACGAAAGGUCGAGCAUUGAUGACAAUAAGAAACAGCGUCAGUGGCUGCAACAACUCGCGGAUUUUUGGUCAGUUCUUGGCACAAACUCACAAAGUGUUCAACCGGAGUCGUCCAAUCUACAGCUAUGCUCCGAGAACCUGUAUUCCAAAAUUGAGGAAGCUGAUCGAGUGUAUGAUUUUCUAACUAGGUUAAAUCCGAAGUUUGACGAUGUUUUCAGCAAGAUAUUGGGCCAACGUCCUACACCGUCACUGAUGGAGGUGUGCUCUGAAAUACGCCUAGAAGAAGACAGGUCUACUGUAAUGAAUAUUUCAGUAGUUACAUCUGCUGCUUUUGCCACCAAGUCCUCCGGAUCUGACAGUGACAAGAAACCUCUACCUGUUUGUGAGCAUUGCAAAAAACAAUGGCACAUGAAAGACCAGUGCUGGAAGCUGCAUGGAAAACCUCCAAAUUACAAACGACGUCAGUCAUAG